CCCCCAGCCCCCCGACCUUUCUGCUGUGCAGCAGCCCGGGGGGGGGGACAGCGUGCCCCCACACCUGUAAGAGAGAUGGGGGUGGCUCAGGGCAGGCAGCACGGAGCCCAUCACCGUGGCAUCAUGGCAGCACCCAGGGUCUUACCAUGGCUCGGGCUCCCCAUCCCGAAAGCCCUUGGCGAAGGGGUUGCUGGCGAUCUUCAGCUGGGUGAUCUGCGGGGAUCGGGGGGUCAGGGGGCGUGGGGUGGGGGGCACCCCCGUGUGUCCUCCCCCCUGACCCCGGCCACAGCUCACCCGGUGGUUCUGGUAAGCUGUCACUGCCAUGAACUGGGUCUCGGGGAAGCUGAAGGACUUGAAGUUCUCGUGGGCGAAGCGCUCGCUGUCGCGCCGGGGGUCCACCAGCACCACGUGGAAGCGGGGCUGGUAGCGGUGCAUGGAGUUGAGGAUGAUCUGGGGGGGGACACAGGGGACGGGCAGUGGGCAUCCCCCUUCCUCGCCACCCCCCCGCCGCCGUGUGCCCCCCCCGGCACGUCCUCACGUGGCCGUUGUCGUCCAGGAGGUUGUUGGUGAGCUUGAGCUUGUCGAAGGAGACGAUCUGCCGCAUCCACUGGGCCCCCUUGGCAGGCGAGUCGGGGUGGAAGUGGACGCGGCCGGGGGCCGCCGGGUCGGCGCGGCCGGCCACCAGCCAGGAGGAGCUGUGGAAGGCGUACCUGCAGGGCCGGGGGGGGGGGGGCUCAGCACCACCGGGACGCGGUCCCCAUGCCCCCAGCCCUCCCCAUCCCCACCUGUAUCUCUUGUCAUCCAGCGGGAUGAAGUCCAUCAGCAGGACGUAGUCGGCCGACGGGUCCAGCCCCGACAGCUUCACCUGGAAGGUGGGGAACAUCCUUCUGCGGGGAGGGGAAGGCUGUGGGGGUGCCCUCUGCCCUGGGACCCCCCCGCACCCUUCCUCACCACCUACCUGCCUGCCUUGGUGACGAUCAUCUCGGUGCCGAGGCGGUUGAACUCCUCCCAGAGGCUGCCCAUCUCCAGCCGUGCCGCAGCGUGGCACACGCGCCGGUUCUUGCCGCCGGCCCCCGGCCCCUCACACGCCCACCCGGGGAUGGUGCCUGAGGGGGGGCCCUCGCCCGGCAUGGCCAGGAAGGCUGCGGGGUUGGGGGGUGAUGGGCGCUGUGGUUCCUGCGCCCCCUCUUUGGGAAAUGACCCCGUGCACCCCCAGCCUCAUUCACGGGUAGGGCUGGGGGGUCCCCAGCACGGCAUGGCAUGGCUUCAUCCCCCCACCCCACCGCCGCCCCACAAUUACGCGGUUUGGACCACGCGCCUGCCCUGCAGUGUGUGGGGCAGCCAGCACCCUGAAUAGACUGAGUGCACCCCUUGGCUGAGUGUCGCGGGGACCAUGCAGGGACCCUGGCACGGCUGUGCCAUGGGUGGGUUUUACCUGUCAUGGGUGGGCAGGAUGCGGCCGCGGCUCCACCAGCUCUGGACUGCAGCCCCCCCAGCACACUGAGGGGGUUUUAUCCCCCUGCUCGGGGGUGGAGACGAGGGGGCUGGAGCAGCAGCGGGGCCUCGGGGGCGGUGGGAGCACAGCCCCCCCCUCCCACACUGCCUUCGUGCCUUGAUGCGACGGUGAUGGACGAGGGAUGAACGGUGGCUUUGGGACCCUCAGCUGGGUCUGGGGGUACCCAGGGCUGGGGAAGGAGCAGGUGCGGGGAUGUGACCGGUGCUACAGAGUGGGGGCGAGUCCCCAAAUGCCAUGGGACCACUAACACAGCUGGGGUGACGGUGACGCCGCCUUCGGGAUCAGCACCCCAGAAGCACUGGGUUUUGGGGAGCGGGACCGGAGCAGACUGUGUGUGGGGGGCACCACCUCUCUGAGCCCCCCCCCCAUCCAUCACCUCCCUGCCUGCAUCCCCUGCGGCGCUGGCUCGGCCCCAUCCGUCUCCUGCUGUCAGCCGCGGGCCAGCAUCGAGCGGGAGAUGAGGAGGUGCGAGCGGCGAUGUGACAGCGGAGGCGGGGGCUCGGCAUGGCUGAGCCAUGGUGUCGCGGCCUCCGCAGCCGAUUUUUCUGCUUUCCCCUGGUUUUCAGCAAAGCCUGCCCAAGAUAACCUCUCCAGUCACCAUCAGCAGGGGGUUUGGGGACUGGGGGGUUGGACACCGUGCAGCAAACCUGGCUUUUAGCAGCUGCUCCUUGGGAGAGAGGUCUCCAGAUGCCAGAAAAUGGGGUGGUUGGCUUAAAAAAAACCACAAGGCUUGUGAAAGUGGCUGCUUCGGGGUGUCAGCAUCAUUCAGUUUCACUUCUUCCUUCCCAAGGCUGCAAGCCUCCUAUUUUGGGGCCAUGAAUGCAGUGAUUCUGCUGGCACUUGGGUGCUUGCCCACUGGUGCCCCGCAGGGGGCUUCCUACAGCCCGAGGUUCUCAAGGUGGUACACCUGGGCCUAGUACUUGGCUAACCUGACCCCACUUGGCACAGCUUCUCCUCGCCACGAAGCCAGGCACAACCCCAAGCAUCAUGGAGCGCAGAAGGGCUGCGCACAGCCUCAGCAGGAUCACGGAAGGAACCAUCCUGGAAACCCUUUGCAGGCAGAGGAAGGACAAGAAGGUGGUAGCGAGGAGCCGACGUGGACUUACUGAGGGGAAAUCACACCCAACCCACCCGGGUGGCUUGGAUGUUGAGGUGGUGGCCCUGUGGGCAAUAAGGAGAGCAGUGGGGGAUAUUUGCUUCGGCUUUAGCAAGGUCACCACCAUCUCCCACCGGCUCCUUGUAGCUAAAUUUGCAUGCUAUUGGCCUGCAUACAGGGAGCUGAAGAUAGGUAGAAAAGUGUUCUGUUGCCCGUGCCCAGCUCCCUGUUGUGAUAACGUCAAACUGCACACUGGUGAAGCUGUUGUGACCUUUGGGGUGUUCAAGCAGCGGACAUGGCCAGCCGCGUGGUGGUCUGGGGUUUGCUUUAACGAGAGCCCGAAGACCCCUUGAUCUUGUCAUCUCCUCUGGGUACACUGCUUCUCCAAGCCAAGGUGCGCAGAGAUAGGAUAAUGACCUGCUUUGUGCUUUGCCCCUCUCCUGGGGCUCUCGGCCCCCAAAUCCCCGGGUGACGUGAUAGUGGGGGCGUUUGCUGAUGGUGGUUAGAUACCCAGCUGCCCCGCAGAGCCUCGAGCAGGCAUGUCUUUGUGUCCAUCACUGAGGUCCUCACCAGGGAAGCAGAAGGAGACACCUCCGAAAUGUGAGUGAGCCUUGCACUGCCCAUCUCGUCCAGUUUUCUCUUGCAAGAAGGAAAGAGCUCAGAGAGGGCAAGCGAUAAGGACACGCGCGUGGGUUUUGUGUCCCUCACCGCCAGGAACCUGCGCUGUGAGCGUCCAUGCACGGCUGUGGGACAGGGAGGUUGUGGGCACUGCUGGCGUGGCUUAGCUGGGCAAAGCAUCGUAUGCUCAGCUUUGUUCUUUGAGCCUUGCCUUUGCUUUCCAUGGGAGAGAGGAGGGCACGCUCGGGGGGCUUCCUCUGCCCACUGGCCACGAAGGGCUGCUGGAUGGGGACCAGAAGCUUUCCUGUAAAGAACACUCAUGGAGCUCACUCGCCAAGGCAGGGGGCAGGUUGAAAGGGUGAUUUUUUUUUUUUCUUCCCAAAAAGUAUUUUCAAGGAGAGAUUGUUCAGCUUUUGGGGUUGACUGUUGCUCUAGAAAAAUCCCCAUUUCUCUAAAAACAGGUGAGAGAACCAGAGAAAAAAAUUAUAGCUAAAAGAGGCUAUCAGGAAGCCAAGAAAAACCUCUGUGUCCCCAGGGCUCACAGUUAAGAAGAAAUCUCAGCAAAGAAGGAAGAAGCAGGUGGGUGGCAUGUGCCUAAGAGAGCAAGGGUGAAUAAUCGGUGCCACACUGUAAGAGCACUGUGUUUCUCUGCCUUUCACUGCAUUUGUCGCUGUUUCAGCUCGAGUGGGAUGGCCUCAGAGUGAGCGCCAGCCGUGCUGUGCAGCUCAAGCAGAGUUUGGGUUUUGCAGCACCCUGUUUGUGUUACCCACACGGUGUUAUGUCUCUCGGCAAGCUGUCUCUAAUUGAUCCGUGCCUGAAAUCUUCCUUUAGGUCUUGUCUCUGAACAGGGCCCACUGGGGAAGAGGGCUUUUUGCCUGGGACAUACCUGCCUGUAGCAGAAGAAACUGCCAGCAAGGAGGUCACGAUCGUGCUUCACGCAGAAAGCGUGCAUUGGGCUAAUGGCAGGAAGUAACUGCACCCGGGUGACCGCGUUCAGGCUAACAGGGCUCACCGACGACCCCAGGGCUCAGGCUACCCUCUUCCUGCUGUUUCUGCUCAUCUAUAUUGUCACCAUCCUGGCGAACCUGGGGAUGCUCAUGUUAAUCCUGGCCAGCCCGCGGCUCCACAUCCCCAUGUAUUAUUUCCUGGGCAAUCUGGCUUUUGUAGACCUCUGUUCUUCCACCGCUAUCGCCCCCAAGAUGCUGGCUGACUUUCUGUCAGAGAAGAAGUGCAUUACUUACGCUGGGUGUGUAGCUCAGGUGUUCAUUUUCGACCUUUUGGGGGUGGCUGAGGGCUUCCUGCUGGCCAUGAUGGCGUAUGACCGCUACGUGGCCAUUUGCCAUCCACUGCUGUAUUCGGUCACCAUGUCCCCAAAAUGCUGUUUCCAGCUGGUGACCUGCUCGUACCUCAUGGGGCUGACAAAUGGCAUGGGGCAGACCAUUGGCAUGUUGCGUUUAUCCUUCUGCAGCUCCAGCGUCAUCGAGCACUUCUUCUGUGACAUUUCCCCUCUGAUAUCGCUCUCUACCUCUGACACCACCCUCAACCAAAUUAUGCUAAGGACUUUAGCAUCUCUAUUCGGCGUCUCCAGUGGCCUCGUUGUCCUGCUCUCCUACAUUGCCAUCAUCUCCACCAUCCUGAGCAUCUGCUCAGCCGAGGGCAAGUGCAAAGCUUUCUCCACUUGCGCCUCCCACCUGACUGUUGUGAGCGUCUUCUACGGGACAUCAAUCUUUAUGUACCUAAAGGCCAGCUCAAGGGAUGAUAAGCAUGCAGCAGUGCUCUACACCGUGGUGACCCCCAUGCUGAACCCCUUGACCUACAGCCUGAGGAACCAGGAAGUGAAGGAGGCUUUGAGGAGACUCACAAAAAUGAAAAGAUAUUGUGUGUUGUGCAUGUAUGGCUAAGCAGAAUAAAGAUGUGAGUGAU